UUUUCAGAUAUUCCUCAUUAGUCAUUGCAAUGUCAGCUAGUCAAAGCAACCCACACUAUAUAGCAGCUGCAAAGGCCAAUAUCCCAAACCCAAGUGACAUAACUGACGUUAUCAUACGGUUCGAGACAAAUGGAGAACCUAACCUCAAGGCUUACGAUGCACAACCAAAAAAUCCUUCCGUUCAUGACACCACAAUAGGAUAUGGGUUUAACCUCAACAGAUCAAAUGCAAAAGUAACUUUCCAAAAAUUUGUCCCAGAGGUUGAUUUUGACAAAGUAAAGACGGGACAAGAAAACAUAACAAAAGAACAAGCUCUUAAACUAUUUGAUCAUGACAUUACUGAACACGUGAAUAGAGCCAAAUCGAGGCUUGGAGACAGCGUAUAUAAUUCCUUACCACCUAAUGUCAAGUCGGCAGUCAUAAGUGCAGUAUACAGAGGCGAUCUUGGUCCAAAAACGGCGAAUCUGAUGAAAGCAGGAAAGUGGCAAGAUGUCGGUGUAGAAUAUCUAAAUCAUCAGCAAUAUAAGAAUGCAAAAGAACUUGGCAUAAUUGGAGUUAGAACAAGAAUGAACUGGAAUGUUGAACAAUUCAAUACUAUGAUUAAAGAAUGAAAAGGGGUGCAGAGCGAGCCUUAUCUGUUUAUGUACGUGAUUUAAUAACGAAAAAGAAUCAAACCCAUCUAAUCUAUAAAUCUUUAAAGAUAUAUUCCAUAUGUAGUUUUGUAUAAAACUUUUAAAUUA